AAACGUUUAUUGUAAAACGUUACAGUAUUUGCAAUUUUGUACAAAACUGUCGCAAAUUGUGGCUUUUGCUUUUUGUGAAGAUCUGUGCCGCACGCCGGGUUUUUACGUUGCAAGCGUUUUAUUUCAGUUCAAUAAAGAAUUAGAUUUUCACCGUUCCACUAAAAUGUACGAGUGAAAACGUAUAAAAUUACGCGCUUAUAACUUUAUUUUCAUGGCUUCCGCCUUAUUUAAGUAACAGGGAAAGUUUGAAGUACGAACUAUUUGCAGCCUCGCGGAGGAACAGUGGCUGGCGGUUAUGAGGGCGUGGGCGGGGCUUCACUGCAGACUGUGCUUUGUGUCACAUUUGGAGUAGCGGUGCGAAGCUUAAGGGCUAGUGUCUUCAUUUUGAAAUGCCACGCCGAAAGCCCGCGGCCCCAAAGAAGAUGGCACCUGUCAAGUCUGAAAGAAACAGCCAGGAAGCGGAGGCUAGCUCAUCUCCUUCUCUCAAAAGACUGAAGGUGGCGAAAGAAGUCUCCGUCAAACGGCGUUGUAGCCCCGGUUUUGUCUACACUGUUGGCCAAGGAGAUGUUGGUCAGCUGGGAUUGGGGCCAGAUGUCAUGGAGUUGGCACGUCCCGCUCUGGUCGCCGAGUUGAAGGAUGUGGUGGACGUCGUGGCCGGCGGCAUGCACACCCUGUGCCUCACAGCUGAUGGCAAGGUGUGGUCUUUUGGUUGCAAUGAUGAGGGUGCCUUGGGACGCCAGACAUCAAGCCUGGAGGGCACCGAGACAACACCAGGAAUCGUGGAGCUCCCAGAGCCAGUUGCCCAACUGACGGCAGGCGACUCCCACUCAGCCGCACUCACCGUUUCCGGAAAAGUCUACCUGUGGGGCAACUUCAGAGAUUCCCGAGGACAGAUGGGCCUUGUCACUGAGGGCAAGGCCGAACAGGCGCCAAAGCUGGUCGUCUCUGACAUUGUACAGAUUGCCUCCGGCAGUGAUCACGUGGUGAUGCUGACAGUUAAGGGCAACAUGCUGACCAUGGGAUGCGGAGAGCAAGGACAGCUGGGACGAGUGCCCAUAAGAACCACCUUGCGCCGAGCAUGCUGCCCUUCACUAGACAUGCUUAAGCCCAUUAAUGUCUACAUACCGAAACCCAGUGGUUGCAAGACACGAGCCUUCGACAGGAUAUGGGCUGGGCCAUAUAACACAUAUGCGAGGCUACGUGAAACGGGCAAGCUGUACGGGUGCGGUCUGAACAACUACCACCAGAUGGGAGUGCAGGCACACACGUCAACUGACAGUGGACAUAUUAUUUCUGUGCCUCGACCACUGACCUCCUGUCAAGGACAUAGGUGGGAACUUGUCAGCGGAGGCCAGCACCACACGCUGCUCCUGAGUGAGGAAGGCUCGGUCUUCACCCUCGGCCGCAAAGACUACGGCCGGCUUGGACUCGGGGCAUCCAUGCCUGCUGGUAAUGAAGACCAGGAGACCCCUGCCCAAGUGCCUGGCCUCUCUGGCUGCGUAGAGGUCUCGUGUGGAGAGGCGGUCUCAUUUGCCAUUGAUGGCGAAGGAUGCCUGCACUCCUGGGGUUUCGGCACAAACGGCCAACUGGGCCAUGGUGGUGACGACGAUUUGUUUGAACCAAAGAUCGUUGCUGGGAAGCUCACAGGCAAAAAGGUGCUGGUCAUCUCCGGAGGUGGCCAGCAUGCUGUAAUACUUGCCACAUGAUAGGCACUUUUCUAAGGAAAUUUGUUUUUCCCAUCAUCAAUACAUUGUUUUGUUGCAUUUUUAUACAGGACCACAUUGACAUUCUUUGUUUUUAUAUGUGACAAAGCGCAACAUUGAUUGAAAGUUUUAAAGAUUUUAAAGGUUGGACAUUAGCGUUUGACUGGUGCUACGAAGUUUUAUUACAGAAAUUUUCAACUCUUACUUGUGCUUUUUAAGACGAUGGCAACAAUUUCAAUAAA